GUCAUUUUUACUUCAAAUAAAAUCAGAAAACAUCUGGCUGUGUAUUAUUAAUAGUAAAUAAGUUCCGAUAUAAUUAUAUCGAUUAAUUACUGCACAACAACACGAGUUUAAUAUUAUCGUUGAUAAUAUAACAUGCUUUAUAAUUAGAAUAUACGAGUGUAACGCUGUUUUGUGUACUACUUUUCCUGUAUAUAAAAUAAUUUAGACAACUGUAAAACUUAAUAUUUUAUUAUACAAAUAUAUAUUAGUGCUGUAAGAAUUACAAAAUGGCCAAAUCUAAGGAGAAGAAGAGCAAAAGUGCUAUUAACGAGGUUGUUACUCGUGAAUAUACAGUGAAUCUCCACAAACGUCUCCACGGAGUUGGAUUUAAAAAACGUGCUCCACGAGCUAUCAAAGAAAUUCGCAAGUUUGCUGAGAAACAAAUGGGAACUCCAGAUGUGAGGAUUGAUACACGACUCAACAAACAACUGUGGUCUAAGGGAAUCAGAAAUGUACCAUUCAGAGUUCGUGUACGAUUGAGUAGAAGAAGGAAUGAUGAUGAAGAUUCUGCAAACAAGUUGUACACCCUUGUUACGUACAUACCAGUUGCUUCCUACAAAGGUUUACAGACAGAGAAUGUUGAUGCAAGCCAAGAUUGAUUUAUUUCUCAUUAAUAAAUAAGUUUUCAUCAA